CACGCGGAGAUGCAGCGACGACCCACCUUCGACGAUUACACGUUUCUCAAUCGAUGGGGGCUGACGUUCCUCGGCGUCUGGAGGGACGAGGGCAAAGCCGAUCGGCUGCUCCGCAACUGCCUGCACAACUUUCACGUGCUGAUUCUGUUCGGUCUGAUGACGUUGCUGCUCGUCCCUCAGUGGCUUGAUAUUUACGUACUUUGGGGAAACAUCGACGCCAAUACUGAGACUCUCGUGCUCGUCGUUUUUACCAUCUGCGCCAUGAAUAAACUCUAUUGCCUGCUCUCGGCUCGACACAUUUUUAAGGAUUUAAUAUCGACGAUGGAAGAGAACUGGAAGGAGACGAUGAGCGAGACAGGACCCGAGGCCGCGAAGCACCGAGACAUUCUGUUGGAUAUGGCGAGUAAAGCCCGCGUCUACACGAUACGUUACGGCUUUCUCAUGUACUCCACGGCCUCCAUGUACUUCGUCUCGCCGUUUAUGGGUAUGCAGCAGGACCACGUUAGAGCGAGGAAGUACCCGUUCUUCGGCUGGUACUACUUCGACAGAUUUUCCGACUUUUACUACGGGCUCUGCUACCUAUCGCAGGUGCGCCUCGUCGAUCGAUCCCUGAUGGCAGGAGUUUCGGUUGGGACGAGCAACUACUCCGCCGACAGCAUCUUCCUCGUGGCGAUCUACCAUUCGUGCGCUCAGCUGCGGAUCAUCCAGCACGACCUGAAGAAACUCGGCGGGGAGAGCGACGCGUCGACGUCGCCCGGCAGAGUGACCGAUCUCAUCGGCAAGCACCAGAAAGAGAUUCGGACCGCGCGAAAGCUCGCGGCGCUGUUCACCGGCUCGAGCUUCCAGCAGUUGCUGGUCAGCUGCGCGAUAAUCUGCAUUAUCGGCUUCAAAAUCAUCAUAACGCUGGAUCAAGGUGGCUUCCAAGUGCUGGUCUACGUCGCCUUCAUGUUCGUCGCGUUGCUACAGAUUUUUCUCUACUGUCGGCCGGGAGACGAACUUAUCACGCAGAGCACGGCAGUCGGCUACGCGGUUUAUCAAUCUAGGUGGUACGCGCUCGACGUGCCCACGAAGCGGAAAGUCAACAUGAUGAUUUUGAGGUCGCAGAGGCCGCUGAAAAUGACCGCCGGCUCGUUUUACGUACUCUCCUUGCCCAAUUUUACAAAGAUUUUAAAGACUUCCAUGUCGUUCCUGUCGCUCUUCAAGGCAAUUUAUUGAUAGUCGCUUUAAUAGCACCAACAUUAAAUCCGUGCUUUCACGAAAAUAAGUAAAUCGUGCAAAAAAAUCAAACCAGUGGUGUCGGAGAUCUCCUGAGUAUUCGGGUAAAGCUCGGUAACUUUCUAAUAAUAUACAUCUUUUACAAGCAAUAUCAUGGAAAAUCACGAACUAUGAAAUAUAUCGUUUGUAAAUUGAAGAAUUGAAUUAUUUUUGCUGACUUUAAGGAGGAGCAGGUUCUUCGUUCGACUUGACUUUUUUACGUAUGUUUGCACAUAUCUUUGGAACAGCUUAGAAAUGUGUUAAUAUUUAUGCUGUUUA